CUAUUAGGAGUGAAACGCAAGUGAAGUAGAGCUAUGUUUCUGGUAACGUCUCUUAACUGUUCUCAAGAUGACAGAAGAACAGUCAGAAAUAUAUAGAACAAAACAACAACAAACAACACCGAAAGACCUUAAUUUAUUGUUUAGCUUUUUCCAGAUGUUGUCGUCCCACCUUGAUGAGAGUGUACUCUAAAACAGCACCUCUUUAUCAGGGGGUCCCAGGAGCUGUGUGGAAACUGGGGAGACUCAACCACAUCGCCAUCGCAGUGCCUGACAUGGAGAAGGCCACCUCCUUGUACAGAGAUGUGCUGGGGGCAUCUGUCAGUGACAAGGUGCCUCUUCCCGAGCAUGGCGUCUACACUGUGUUUGUGGAGCUUGGUAACACAAAGCUUGAGCUGCUCCACCCUCUGGGAGAGAAGAGUCCCAUAGCAGGAUUUCUGCAGAAGAACAAGUCUGGAGGGAUGCACCAUAUUUGCAUAGAGGUGGACAACAUAAAUGCAGCAAUAGUAGACCUCAAAGCAAAAAACAUCAGGACUCUCUCUGCAGAGCCACGUAUCGGUGCUCAUGGGAAACCUGUAAUGUUUCUUCAUCCUAAAGACUGUGAUGGGGUGCUAGUGGAGCUGGAGGAGGCUUAACUUUGUGCCUUUAUAAAAAGGAGAGACUCAUGAAUACACAAAAUUCACAAAUUAAUUUUGAUGGGGCUCAAUGUAGAAUUACAAAAUGCAAGUCAUAAUUACUUAAUUUUGUUUUCUACUUCUGAAUGUGAUCUAAUGUCUCCAGAGUUUAAUAUUAAACAUAUAUAAAGAACUUAUUAAAAGCUAAAAAAAAAAUACUCUUCUAUCUUAAAAUAAAGAUAACCAAGCCAAGCUCAAAAGACCUUUCCAGAAGAAUAUAAUGUGUCCACUAUAAUUAGGUUUUUUAAACUCCUCCUUGACAUUCUUUUCAUGUCAUGUAAGGAAAUUAGCAAUGCUUAGCAGAAAUAGAACUAAGGAACCCAA